GUACGGUUAUAUGCAAGGCCUGAUGCAAUCCGAAGAGGAUCGGGGGACUAUGCUCUAAACAUUACAAGGAGACUUAUUGAAUUUUAUGAAGAUUAUUUUAAAGUGCCCUAUUCCCUGCCAAAAUUAGAUCUGUUAGCAGUGCCUAAGCAUCCAUAUGCUGCUAUGGAGAACUGGGGACUGAGUGUUUUUGUGGAGCAAAGGAUACUGCUAGAUCCAAGCAUUUCUUCUAUAUCAUACCUGCUGGAUGUCACCAUGGUCAUUGUACAUGAGCUAUGUCAUCAGUGGUUUGGUGACCUCGUGACUCCAGUGUGGUGGGAGGAUGUGUGGUUGAAAGAAGGUUUUGCUCACUAUUUUGAAUUUGUUGGGACAGACUACCUUUACCCAGGGUGGAACAUGGAAAAGCAGAGGUUUCUGACGGAUGUCCUACAUGAGGUCAUGUUGUUGGAUGGUUUGGCCAGUUCUCAUCCAGUAUCCCAGGAGGUGCAGCAAGCCACAGACAUUGACAGGGUGUUUGACUGGAUUGCCUAUAAAAAGGGUGCAGCUCUAAUUCGAAUGUUAGCUAACUUUAUGGGUCACUCAGUGUUUCAAAUGGGCUUGCAAGACUAUUUAACCAUUCACAAGUAUGGCAAUGCAGCCAGAAAUGAUCUCUGGAACACAUUGUCAAAGGCUUUAAAAAAAGUUGGAAAAUCUGUAAAUAUCCAAGAAGUAAUGGAUCAGUGGACACUACAGAUGGGUUAUCCUGUUAUCACUAUCUUGGGAAAUGAAACUACAGACAAUGUCAUAGUGAUCACUCAAGAGCGUUUUGUUUAUAAUAGUGAUACUAAACCCAAGGAUUCUGCCCUUGGAGACAACAGCUACUUGUGGCAGAUUCCAUUAACAAUUGCAGUAGGAAAUACGAGCCACAUCUCAUCAGAGGCAAUUAUAUGGGUGUCUAACAAAUCAGAACACCACAGAAUUCCUGCUUUGGAAGAGGCAGGUUGGUUGCUGGGGAACAUCAACCAGACUGGCUACUUUAGAGUUAAUUAUGAUAUUAGGAAUUGGAGGCUGCUAAUUAAUCAGCUAACAAGGAACCAUGAGGUUAUCUCUGUCAGUAAUCGAGCAGGCUUGAUCGAUGAUGCAUUCAAUCUAGCCAGAGCUGGUUAUUUGCCUCAGAAUAUUCCUCUGGAGAUUAUCGGAUACCUUUCAGAGGAGAAGGAUUUUCUGCCUUGGCACGCUGCCAGCAGAGCUCUUUAUCCUCUGGAUAAAUUGCUGGACCGUACAGAACACUACAACAUCUUCAAUGAGUAUAUUUUGAGACAAGUUGCAACAAUGUAUCUCAAGCUUGGAUGGCCAACGAAUAAUUUAAACAAAUCGCUUGUUCAAGCAUCAUACCAACAUGAAGAGUUGCGUCGGGAAGUCAUCAUGUUGGCCUGCAGCUUCGGUAACAAACACUGUCACCAGCAAGCUGCAACGUUAAUCUCAGAUUGGAUUUCUAGCAAUAGGAACCGAAUCCCACUCAAUGUGAGAGACAUUGUCUACUGCACAGGAGUUUCACUGAUGGAUGAAGACGUAUGGGAGUUCAUUUGGAUGAAAUUUCAUUCUACCACAGCAGUGUCUGAGAAGAAAAUCUUGUUAGAAGCCUUAACUUGCAGUGAUGACAGAAACUUGCUCAACAGGCUUUUGAAUUUGUCUCUCAACUCAGAAGUAGUCCUGGAUCAGGAUGCAAUUGAUGUGAUAAUCCAUGUAGCUCGAAAUCCACAUGGAAGGGAUCUUGCUUGGAAAUUUUUCAGAGAAAAGUGGAAAAUACUAAAUGCUAGGUAUGGAGAAGCACUAUUUAUGAAUUCAAAACUUGUCAGUGGUGUCACAGAAUUCCUCAAUACCGAAGCAGAACUAAGAGAGCUAAAGAACUUUAUAAAGAGUUAUGAAGGUGGAGCUGCUGCCUCUUUCUCUCGUGCCGUGGAGACAGUGGAAGCCAAUGUGCGAUGGCAAAAGCUUUAUAAGGAAGAACUAUUCCAGUGGCUAAGAAAAUCCUUGACACACUAAUCUGUGUUUCCAGCCUAUCACUGAACAUGAAGCUCUGCAAAACGAACGGGAUACUUUUUAGAAGUGUUCAGCAUUAAAAUCAUGAAGACAAGAUCAGAUUGCAGGGAUAAGGGGUUUUUUCCCUUUUUUUAUUAAAUUGUGGAAUUUUUUUAAACACUGGGCUCUUGUGUAACUGUCAAGAAGCUUUUCAGAAGAGAAGAUCAUGAAUGCUUGUGAAAUCCAGUUCUCAGUGUACACAACCAAACAUGGUAUUGUGGUGCAUGUAAAUGUUGAAGAAAAACAAACAAAAACCCCUUUGAAGACUAUUUUGUGCAUGCUUGUACUGUCCCUGCCUGUAUUCUAGCAUGCUUAACAGCCACAUUUUGUACGUGAGUUCUAGUUACAUCAAAGAUGGGCAUUAUACAAAGCACAAA